UGGCGGUAACACGUCACCUUAUGAGAAACACCAACAAAGAAGAAGGCGCAGGAGGAAGGAGCAACCAGAGAUCCUGGAGCAAUUUCAUUGACAACAGCCUGCUGUCGUCGCUGUCAUGGCUUUCCUCUGCAGAAGUGCCGCUUUGCUCCUGAAGCCCUCCAGAGCAGCGCCGGCCGUCCUGUCUGCCGCACGCCUCUACAGCUCAGGCGGUCAGUAUGAGUAUAUUUUGGUGGAAAAGCGAGGUGAGAAGAACAAUGUGGGUUUCAUCCAGCUGAACCGGCCAAAGGCGCUCAAUGCUCUGUGUGACGGGCUGAUGAGGGAGGUGGGACAGGCCCUCGAUGCCUUCGAAGUUGACGGCGACGUCGGAGCUAUCGUUAUCACCGGCAGUGACAGAGCCUUUGCUGCGGGAGCGGACAUCAAAGAGAUGCAGAAUCGAACCUUUCAGGAGUGUUACGGUGGAAACUUCCUGGCUCAUUGGAACAGAGUGUCCACAGUGAAGAAGCCUGUCAUUGCAGCUGUCAAUGGAUUUGCUCUGGGUGGAGGCUGUGAGCUCGCCAUGAUGUGUGACAUCAUCUACGCCGGAGAGAAGGCGCAGUUUGGCCAACCAGAGAUCCUGCUGGGGACCAUUCCUGGGGCGGGCGGCACCCAGCGCCUGACUCGUGCAGUGGGCAAGUCCCUGGCCAUGGAAAUGGUUCUAACAGGAGACAGGAUUAGUGCACAAGAAGCCAAGCAAUCAGGUUUGGUGAGUAAAAUUUGUCCUGUGGACCAGCUGGUGUCUGAAGCUGUUAAAUGUGGGGAGAAAAUUGCUUCCAACUCAAAACUGGUCUCUGCUAUGGCUAAAGAGGCUGUUAACGCAGCUUUCGAACUGACUUUGGCUGAGGGGAAUCGUUUGGAAAAGCGCUUAUUCCACGCUACUUUUGCUACGGAUGACCGUAAAGAAGGCAUGACAGCAUUUGUGGAGAAGAGAAAGGCCAGUUUCCAGGACAAGUAGAAAAGAGCAGACCAAGAUCUCAGCCAAGAACACAAAGUCCAUGAUAUCAGCGCGUCAUUUCCUUAUCCGCAAUACAUUGGAUGAUGCAAAAAUAAAAAAAAUAAAAAUCCUGAUGGUAGUGGAACAUGCAACCUGUUUAAAUUAGGAUUUGGCACUGAGUGAUUGAGUGCACAAGAGUGUCUUACCACAGCGAAACCCUGCCUGCUGAGGCUCCGUAUCAAAAUCAGGGUGCAGGAGUGCAGUGGGGUUGUAUGUGAAUGCCAUUUGAUAACUGUGUUAUAGUCGGUGUGUAAUGGGGGAAUCAGUCUUGAUGAAUUGUGCUGACUUUGCCUUUUCAUUUUCACUGUCAAGUGUUUGUCUACAUUUUGUAGGCAACUUUUUUUCCUGUGUACAUUUUACAAAUAAAGCUAUAGACUGGUUUUCAGAACUGCAA